AUGAUUAAUUUACCUUUCCAUAAAUGGAAAUUGAAUUUUUAUGAUCCUAACUUUGAAGCUGAAUUCGAAGCUCAUUAAAACAAGAUUAGACUCAUUUCUUUUCAAAUGAUAAACUUAUUGGUUUCAGUAGCUGCUUUAAUUUUUUUAAUCACCUUUGUUAUUCAACAACAACCCAUUUAACUAAUAAUAAUAAUGAUAGGAGUAGUUGGAGGGUGUUUUUUUAUGUUUAUUAUUGGUAAGAAAUUGGAGCCAUACCUCAGAUAAAUUUUUUCAUUUUAUUUUGUUUGGAGUCAAUCAACAAAUGUAUUAAUUGCCUUUAGCGGAUUAAAUAUACCAACAUUUGUGUUUGGAUUCAAUACUUGUUGUUUCGCUGUAGGUACUUUAUAGUAUAGCGAUAACAGAUUAAAAUUAGUUUACACAAUUCUCACUCCUUUCAUACUUUUAUUGGUUUUUGAUGUCUAUAAAGCUGAUCAAAUUCAAUAUGUAUUUUAAACAAUUGCUUGUGUUGUUUGCCUUGGAAUUUGGACUUAUAUGCAAGAAUAUACAGCACGACUAGCAUUUUCACUGAAUUUAAUUGCUAAUAAAUAAAAAGAACUAAUCAAUGAAUUUGUAAGUGAUUCCAUGUUUGCAAUCAGCUUGGAUCCACGAACGAGAUAAUUUAUUUUAGAAUUUUAAAACAAAAAAUUUGAGGAGAGCAUGAAUAUCAAAGAAACUGAAUAAAUGAAGAAUUUUCUCAGGCAAUCAUAUUUGGUAGUAAAAAGUUAGGAGAGCUAAAAAAGAUUAACAGACAAAGGGAUUUAAAGAGGGUUAAAAUUAGAGGAGUUUUUAUUUAAAAAAAUAAAACCUGACUAAGAACCAAUUUUUAAGGACACAGACAAUGAAGUUGAAAUAAUGUAUCACAAUCAAAAUACAGAUUAAAUAAUGAGUAUGAAAAUUUAAAUAAAGUAAAUGAAUUUCGGAAAGCCCAUCUUAAUCGGAAUAAUUAAAUCUGAACAAGUAUCAAAUCUAAUAGGCGAACAUCAAAAAUAAAUAAAAGAACAUUAAAAUCUUAUGGUCAAUUUUUCAAUCUAAAUUGUAUCAUAGCAAGAAAAUUUAUAUAAAUAAAUCAAUAAAACAUAAUUUGGUAGUCCGAAUGAAUAAGAGUAAAUUAUGAGUCUAAAGUGCUUAAGCUUAUCUAUAAUUAAUUAUAUUAGGAAUUAUGUAUUGUAUUUUCAAAGAAAUAAGAUUUCUACUCAAUUACAAGUUUUUAAGAAGGUUAUGAUUUAUGAGUAUCUUAAAUCCAUUUAAUAAUACUUUCAUGCUAUAUCUUAGUAUCACAAUAUGAAAUUUAAUAUUUUUAAUCAUGUGGAUAAAAAUUGUCAAAUAAACGUCAAUAUCAAAUAUUUAACAUAAAUACUGUUUAACAUCUUUGAAUAAAUUGCUAAGUAAUCAUGCUACAUCAAUAAUGUAUCUCUCAAAAUAAUUGAAGAAUAUACUUAAAAUAAUCAGGUUUUAGAAACUAGAAGGAAGGCUGAGGAUUCCUAAAGUGCAUCAAAAUAAAUAAUUGAUUUAAAAUUAAUUCUGUUCUAAUUUGAUGUUGAAAGUUCAGAAUCACUUGAUUUGUCGUGCUUCAACAAAUUAGAAUAAAAUCAAAGAACAGAACAAGAUGAAAGUUAUAUCAUUUAAGAAGUUACAACCAGUUUACUCGAUUGUCUAAGCCCAAUCAAUAGAAUAUAAAUAGAUUAGAAUUUAAAAUUAGAAGAUGGCAGUUUUAGUCAUAAGUUUUCUUUCAAAAUAUAUUCGGAUUAAUCAUAAUUAGAACCAUCAUAUUUUAAAGCUAUUGAUAAACCAUUAAUUUAUUGA